AUGGGAAACAAUAGUUCGAAACCAGGCCAGAGGCGCAAUGAAUUAACGCCUGGUUUCUCUAGAACCGAUACGCAGACCUCCACGAAGAGUGGAAGGUCUAUAAGAUCACAUAAAUCAAACAAGUCACGAAGAUCGCUCAGUGCGGGCGAUGACGGGAGUGGUGGCGGACGGGCUGCUGCGGCUGCGGCGCUAGCUUCGGGCCCAUCGCAUGGUAGCGGGUCGUUAGAAGCAAGUGCACCGACGUCAAUUCCUGCUUCUUCAAAUAUGGGGUCGGCGAUGGCGCACUCUGUCGGCGCAAACGAAUCAACCGAUGGUUACCCGUUCCCCAAUGUUCCGCGCAGUCUGCAAGUUCACGAGGCCAAAGAGCCUAUUCUUAUGUAUCGUGACAAGGAUGGUAAUAUCACGAACUCGCUCACUCCUUACUCGGAGAGCGGGCCUGCUGCGAGCGGAGGCACGCCCAACGCUGCCAGCAACCCCAGUGCAAGCAAAGACACCUCGACCGCUACGAGCGCCAACUCGACGUCCACAUCGCUUGGAGUGCCAUCUACACCGGGAGCAAAGCCCGGAGCGAUUGAUAUGCCGGCAGCUUUGACCCCUAAUAUCAAUGGUGAGCUGCCGUUUGCUGGGGGCCUGACCCCACGAACCCCUGGAGCCAGUCAGCUGAUUGGCGGACCUAGCGGUCUCAUUAAUUUGGACGAUACUAUACAGUUGCUACUGGAUGCAGGAUUUUCAGGCAAGACCACGCGCUCAUUCUGCUUAAAAUCGUCUGAGAUUGCCGUCAUUUGCCAAGCCGCUCGUGAGGUAUUUUUGUCCCAGCCGACCCUGCUGGAGCUAAGCCCACCUGUCAAGGUGGUUGGGGAUGUACAUGGUCAGUACGGAGAUUUGUUACGAUUGUUCAACAUGUGUGGAUUCCCUCCGGAGUCGAAUUAUUUAUUUUUGGGCGAUUAUGUGGAUCGAGGCAAGCAGUCCCUCGAGACCAUUGUACUGUUGCUUUGCUACAAAAUCAAGUACCCGGAAAAUUUCUUUAUUCUGCGAGGCAACCACGAGUGUGCGAGCGUGACGCGUAUCUACGGGUUCUACGACGAGUGCAAGCGGCGGUCAAGCGUCAAAACGUGGAGAAUGUUUGUCGACACUUUCAACACCUUGCCAAUCGCCGCCGUGGUUGCUCAAAAAAUCUUUUGCGUGCACGGUGGCUUGAGCCCAUCGCUAACAAGCAUCAACGACAUUCGCAGCAUUGAACGGCCGACCGAUGUGCCCGAUUACGGGUUGCUGAACGACCUUCUGUGGAGUGACCCAACAGACUCGCCGAAUGAGUGGGAGGAUAACGAGAGAGGUGUUUCUUAUUGUUACAACAAGGUUGCAAUUAACAAGUUUUUGAGCCGCUUUGGUUUCGACCUUGUGUGCCGGGCACACAUGGUUGUCGAAGACGGCUACGAGUUCUUCAACGACCGCUCGCUCGUCACAGUGUUCAGCGCACCAAACUACUGCGGUGAGUUCGAUAACUGGGGUGCCGCCAUGUCGGUUAGCGAGGAACUCUUGUGCUCUUUCGAGCUGCUCAAGCCGCUGGACUCGGCUGCCCUUAAAGAGGAAAUGCGCCGCGAAAAGGAGGUGCGCAGAACGUCGCUUGCAACGACGCCUUCGUAA